GUGAUAGCAGAGCUAUAACCAGUGGCGUGUGAUGGUCCCGGGCUGUGGAGAACCAUGACAGAGAUCAUCUGCCAGUGGCUGAACGAGGAGCUGGGGCUGUCCAGGCGCGUGGAACCGAAGACCUUUGCCAAGGAGUUUGCCACCGGAUACCUGAUUGGGGAAGUUCUACACAAAUACGAGCUUCAAAAUGACUUUGAUAAGUUUUCCCAGAGCAGGACAGCAACUUCCAAGCUGAACAAUUUCACACGAGUGGAACCCACCUUACAACUUGUGGGCAUCCCGUUUGACCAAAAUGUGGCCCAGAACAUCAUGUCUGAGCAGCACGGAGCUGCCACUGGGCUCCUGUACCAGUUGUACGUUGCACUGCAGAAGAAGAAGAAAGCUGGGCUGACGGGUGUAGCCUUGGAGACACUAAGAGCGGCAGCUCCUGCCAAAUUACAGAGCAUUGGAACUGAAAUGUACAAGGAGAGAUUGAAGACCUUGGUCCCUCGCCAAUCUGACCUAAAUCUGCAGCAAGUGACGAAACAGUUUGAACUAAAAGCCAAAGAGAUGGAAGAAAGACUCUCCCAGAUUCAAAAUAAUGAGCUGAAGAAAAUCCAAAAGAUACAAGAAGAGCUAAGAAUACAAGAUAUUGAAAAGCUUCGCCGAGCGAGAAGACGACAAAAUGAAAUCAUGGCGAGAAUUCAAGCUGCCAUUGUGCAGAUCCCUAAACCACCAGCGAACCGCACAUUAAAGGCCAUCGAGGCACAGAAAAUUCUCAGAAAGAAGAAGGAAGCAGAGGAGGUUUAUAGUGAAUUAACAAAAUUUGAGCAGUCGGUGAAAAAGGACGGCUUAUCUCACAGUGUCACCCCCAAUGGCAGGAGCCCAACCUUACAGAGCCUCAGGUCCACCGCCAGCAUCGGGGCCGCCCUGGUAAAGCUGGAUUGUUCUGAAGACUAUGUGAAGAAAAUUCAGAAGCGAGUAGAGGAGGAUGCCGUCGCUCGCGAACAGCGGGAGAAGCGGCGCCGCCGAGUCUUAGUGGAACAACUUAUUGCUCAUGGGGCGCAGGAGGAGGCUUUUCGGGAAGAGCAGCUCAUUACCCGUUUGAUGAGGCAGUCUCAGCAGGAGCGCAGGAUCGCAGUACAGCUAAUGCACUCUCGACACGAGAAGGAGGUCAUGAGACAAAACCGAGUUUUCCGGGAGAAGCAAUAUCAAGAGAGACGGGAGCAAGAAUUCCAAGAGGCUCUGGACCGGGAAGCGGCCCUGCAGAAACAAGCCAAGCUGGACCGUGAGGAAGAGAUCCGAAAAGUCCAGGAGCUGUAUGACCAGAUAGCAGCAGAGAGGGCCGAGGCUCGAUACAAGAAACACUACUCCACCUGUCAGGCCAUAGCGAGUCAGAUUGUGGAUCUGGUCACUAAAAUCGGAGAGUACCGGAAGCUCACAAAUAAACUCAUCCCUGGUAAACUAAUGCGGGAAUGGAAGGAGAUCUUUUUUACGGGGUUGCCUCUGUAUGAAGAAGCUUCGAUAGACCCGCUGCCUUCUGACCCGACUCCAGAACAGCGUGCAGAACUGGAGAAAGAAAGCCUGCUAGAUGAGAAAGACUAUGAAGAGUACAAGACCAUGACCGGAGAGUGGAUAUCGUCUGAUACCGGGGCGAUAAAACCUGCCCCCAAUAACAACGUUCUGGGCCACGUGGUUCACAGACUGAAGGAUAUCGUCCAUCCGCCCCCAGCGCCAUCAGCGCCGCCUGCAUUCCCUCCAUUCCCCAUUAAAGGCUGCGUCCUUGGAAAUAUAUAUUCGGGAAAGAGCACCUGCCUGGAGCAUUUAGCCCAAGCCCACGGUGUCCAGGUGCUCGGUGUGGAGGACCUAGUGCAGGCAUCUGUGAAGGCCUUUCAUGAGAAUGAAAUGAAUGAUGAGGUCGGCGGCGUGCCUGCAGCUGAUCCCGAGGCAGCGGGUGACAAUAAGCCGUCAGAGAGCUUUUGUGCACCUGGGCCUGAAACACAAUCCUCUGAAAGUAUUACUACAGCUAAAAAGAGCGAUGAAUCAUCUCACUCACAGACCCUGAAUUCACCACAAGAGCAUACAGCACCACAGCUCUCAAGACGAGCGCAGCUGGGAGGGAUGAUGGAGAAGCUUUUGAAAAAAGGAAAGCCAGUACCGGAUGAGCUGCUUGUUGAGAUCCUGGUGGAGACCAUCAAUCAUGUCCCAGCACACACAGGAUGGAUUCUGGACGGAUUUCCAGUUACUCUGAAUCAGGCAAAGCUGCUUGAGAAAUCUCUCACUGGAGCAGAUCCGGAAAAAAACACAGCAAAAAGCAAGAAACCUAAAGCAUCAACUUUAGUAGAAGAUCCAGCUGCGGCACAGGAGCCUCCACCACAACCUCCAGGCCUGGACUUCGUGGCAUUCAUUGAUGUAUCAGACACAGUAGUGUUACAGCGUGCCGCUGCAUUAACUGGUGAAAUCAGUGCUGGAGCAGUCUCUUCUAUGAACCAAAUACCGCACAGGAUAAAAGGAUUCCUCGAGAACUGGCACAAGCUAGAGAUGUGGUUUUCAGAGCAGCCGAACGUUUUAGUAAAAGUAAAUGGGGAGGUGGAGGAGGACAUUCUGUGCAAGAAGAUUGAAGAAGUAUUUCUAACAGCUUUGUGCAAUAGACAAAAUCAAGGGAAGACGCCUGAGAAGAAAGAGGAGAUCCCUUCACCGCCACCACCAGCCACACCACCUCCACCACCACCUCCCUCAGAUACCACUCAAGAUACCCCAGCUACAAUAUCAGAAAAAAAGACCUCUGCUAAAAAAGGAAAGGGACGAUCCAAAUCUCCCAAAGAAAGCUCUGUGGAGAAGACCGAUAGGAAAGACACCCCUCGUGGCAAAGACGCCGCGCCAAAGUCUCCAAAAUCAGGAUCCGCGAGGGGUCGAUCUCCAGGCAAAAAGACCAAAUCCGUUCCAGUGACACCUGAGCCGUCUACUCCACCGCCUGUUGGUCCUCCCCCUAUAAUGCCGGGGUCAGCGGAGUGGGUGUAUGUGCACGAGCCUCUCCCAAAGGAAGUUCCCCAAUUCCUGGUGCCGUACUGGGAGACCAUAGAAAAGACCUACGAAAACCGUGCUAAAGUUGGAUUGAGGAGCCUGAGACAAGAGCGGCUCCUUUUGAUUCAUUAUCUGUAUGACAUCAGGAAUAGAUUUAAGGAUUAUUUGCAGCGGCCGGACCAUAAGCAGGAGUUUGUAUCUCAGUGGCAGUCCGAUUUCAACUCUAUUGCUGAGGAUAUGCGGGAAGAUGAGGAGACGAAAGCAGAAUUGCACCAAAGAGUUGAUGAUUUAAGAGAUUGUCUGUGGGAUAUCUGUGACAACAGGAAGGAGGAGGCCGAGCAGGAGCGGGCCGAUGUCAUGAGUGACGGCUGGCUGGAAGACCACCUGGGAAUCCUCAUGAACCACUUCUUUUCUUUGAUGCAGGUAGAAGUGGAUCGUUUCCAAGACACAAUGCGGUUUCUUCACGAUUACUAUGAAGGGAUGGAGAAUAAAAUCCCGUCGGAGAACGGUCAGGAGUUUGUCCGCAUCCCGCUCCUGGACAUCUCUAAUUCCAGCUCCCCAGAGGAAUCCGAGAAUCCAAGAAGGAUUCCUCUAGUUCCCAGAAGACCUCAGACUCCAGAGAUGAACUCGGGGAAACAGAAGAGUAAAGGGGCAGCUGUGAAAGGAAAGGAGGAUCCUAACAUGGAGGUCGCAGGGCAGCUCUCCGAAGCCGAUCAGAAGCUCAUUCAUGAAGCAUGGCAGACAGCACUGUCAGCCAUUGCUAAUAUGGUAGCAAAUGAAAAACAAGCGCUGGAGGCGGAGGAAGAGAAGGAGCACCAAUUGUUGGAGCUGAAGGAAAAGGAAAGAUUUAAAGCCUCUCAGACCACGUCUCAAAGCAACCAAAAAGGGGCAAAAAAGAAAUCGCCCAACAGGAAAAAAGGGGAAAAAUCACCUGGGCCUGCAGCUCCCACACCUCCACCCGCAGCCCCAGAGGACAGCUCAGAGCAGCAGAAGAAACAGGAAAGUAAAGUGAAGAUGAGACAGGAAUAUCUUGCUGCUCUUGAAUGCGAAGAGGCAACUGUGAGCUCCAGACUGGAACUGGUAAAGGCCAAAGCCUUAGAAAUGUGCCAAGAGAUUGUGACAAGAUCGGAGCAGGCUUAUAAAGACACGGACAUGUGGCUGGGAGCACGAUUUCUAGCGGAGAUGUCAAGCAUCGGGAAGCUGAUUCAGAUUGCUCAUCACUGCAUUGAAACCAGCACAAAGAUACAGCAUGAACUCGUCCUGGAACAAAGUGACUUCUACAUAAACUCAGAUAUAAAAGUGAUCCCCGAUCCUGCACCACCACCGAGACCCCCACCGGUAGAGAGCUCUACGGCGGCCACCCUCACUGUCUCUCAACUCCAACGACUGCACAAGCAGUUUUUGCAAGUGGCUCCUGAUGGUCUGAUGUCAAGUAAGUUAUUCUCAGACGUUUUGAUGGAUCUUACAUCAGUGGCGUUUGGGGAUGACGCUCUCCCAGACUUUUGGAUGCAUAGGUCACUGUCUGAGAUCCAGGAAAUUACCUCUGCGCUCUCCGAUGGCUCGGAUUGCGUUAAUUGGCGAAAGUUCUUGCUGUGUGUUUCUUCUCCCUGGCCGUACCCUUCUCUGCACCAACUCCUGGAGACCCUGCAAAGAUUUAAGGCUGUGGAUGAGAAUAAUGCAUGUGGCACUGUCCAUGAAGAGCAGUACAAUCAGGUGGAGCUGUGGUUUACAGUAAAAACAGAAGAAACUGAACCUGAAGACCCCACAGAACGUCCUCCAUUCAACAGACUGAAGCAUCUCAUAAGGUUUUUCUUUGACUUGUUUGCGGAGAGCGCCGAGCCUCCUCGUCUUGACUACACAGACAUGUUGCUCUAUUUUGCUUCUCACCCAAUUCCUAUGGAAGGAUUCUACCGAGCAUUAAGUGUCACAGUCGGGAGACCGGUCAUGCAGGCGUCAGAUGAUCAUCUGCUUGUAAAGUCUCUUCCAGCCAUGGAUGCCCUAGAAGAGGAUAAGGAGAGAAUUAUAGAGAAUGACGGAGAUGAUGUCACCACAAACCCAGAUCAGUCAAUCACACUGCAGGAAGUUCUGCGAGUCUUUCAACAUGGUGCCGGAGAUGAUGGGGAUACUCAUAGGUUUCGUCAGAUGGAGAAAGAAACAAAUAAUUAUCACAAGAUAAUCAAGAACAUAUUCAAUGAAAUGCAGCCAAAUGCUUCAGGUGGUGUGUCCCUCCCUGCUCUCCUCAGACAUCCUAUAUUUCAUGAACUUGUGGAAGAUUGUCAGCUUUAUAAACUCCCAGAUAUCCAAGACGUACUUGAGAAGUCUAAAGCCACACAGUCCAAUGAAGGAGACAGCGCGACGACCAGCUCGACCGCGUCAUAACAGCACAUUACAUAUCCCUGUACCCUCUGCUCAGCAGGAAUUCCAUCAACCUCAGUAUUUUAUACUUUAUUGUACUGUUUUUUUAAUGCUUGGGGAAAAGGAAACCUCUUUCCCAUGUGAACUUGGAUCUUAGAGUGACCGUAUAAAUGGCAGUGAUAAU